AUGACCGUUGUGGCGUUCGCCUCGGAUGUUGUCGACAUAUUUGAGGUGAACGACAUAAUGUCAUCAAAAGGUUGGCAUCUCAAUGCUCUGCAGAGACCUAACAGUCUGACAAUCCUUACCGGUUUCAAUUUGCACAUUUGUGUGACCCUUCAACACACGACUAUUUAUGACCAAUUCCUGAAGGAUCUGCAAUAUUCUGUGAACACUGUGAAAGCAAACCCAGGCCCUAUUAGCGGUGGAAUGGCUCCUAUCUACGGCGCCGCAGGGAAGAUGCCAGACAGAGGCACGGUGAAGGAGCUGCUUGUGGAGUUCAUGGACAGCUCUUGCUGA